UGGGAAGAUUCUUUCUUUCCCUCUGAGGCUGUUGGACCACUGUCUGGUCUUGUGAUAGCAUCAGGAAAAAGGGACAUAGCCUCUGAAAGAUCCCAUCACAAUGCACUACCCUAAGAAGUCCAAGAGUCCUGGCCCUGUAGGGCACAGACCAAGCUCAAAGGGCCUCCCGUCAGACUCCUCAUCAUGCCCAUCAGACAAGUACAAGGACUAUGCUGCCGUUGUUAUAGACACAGGCACUGGAUACACCAAGAGUGGCCUGGCUGGGGAUGAGAAGCCAAGAUCCAUUGUGCCAAGUGUUGUGGGGGUGCCAAGGUACAGGACCAAGGAAAGCCCAUUGUACUACAUUGGGAAGAGCAUCCCACAGCGGCGUGCGGAGGUGAGCACACACCAGGUAAUGACCCAUGGGGUCGUGACAGAUUGGGAUGCCCUAGAGAUGCUGUGGCACCAUGUCUUCUACACAGAGCUCAGCGUGUGCCCUGAAGAGCUCGCUGUGCUGGUCACCGAUUCCCCCAUGUCCCCAACGACUAACCGCGAGAAAAUGGCGGAGCUACUCUUUGAGAACUUUGAGGUGCCAGCCAUGUUUGUGGCUCAUCAGUCCCUUUUGUCGGUGUAUUCCUACGGCCGGACAGGCGGGCUGGUGAUUGGCUCUGGCUAUGGGACAUCCUACACCGCUCCUGUCCACGAUGGCUACAUUUUACCUCAUGCCACCUACCGACUGGACAUAGCAGGCAAUGCCCUGACGGAAUACCUGGCCAAGUUGAUGGGAGAAUCUGGGAACCCUUUCCAUAAGGAUGAAAUGGAGGUGGUAUGUCAGAUCAAGGAGAAGUGCUGCUAUAUCCCGGAGGAAUAUGAGGGUGAACUGAAUGCUGAUGAGAAGAAAUACCUCAUGGACUACACCCUUCCUGACAGGCAGGUUAUCUCCAUCGGCAGUGAGCGCUUCCGCUGCUCAGAGAUCCUCUUCAAUCCGACCAUGCUGGGCUUCCCAGAGGUGGGGCUUCAUGUCCAAGCUAUAAGCAGCAUCAGGAAAUGCAAGCCAGAGCGACAAGCGGACCUGCUUGCCAAUGUGCUGCUGGCUGGUGGAACUACCAUGCUUCGUGGCUUUUCCGAGAGGAUUAAGAAGGAACUGCAGAAGAUGGAGCCAUCCAAAAAGGUGGGCAUCCUGGCUUCCCCCAACCGCACCUUCUCUGCCUGGUUGGGUGGCUCCAUUGUGGCGUCGCUCAACUCUUUCCAGAACGUGUGGAUCGACCGGCAGGCCUACAAUGAGAAGGGGUCCUUCAUUGUCCACCGGCACUGCUUCUGAUCAAGGCGGUGGCAUGCCAGGCUUGGCAAGGGCAUGUGUCAAAGGGAAAAUCUCCUCUACAACAUGCUGUUUUUUUAGCAUA